AUGGUUGCGCCCGCUGUUCCAGAAAUUCACGAGGAAGAGGAGCUAUUUGUUGCUGUCGAAGCGCGCACAGAGUCGCUACAGAGCUUGCGAGAACUAGGUCCACCAGACCUGGUCUACUUGGUAAAACAGCCCAAGGCCAACUCGACCCGACAGAGCGGUGUCUACCACCAUGUCACUGGAAUCGAUGCCUCUUCGUCAGCGAGCUUAGCGGCCUACGUCAAUACCCUCACGUUUUCUCCACUCGACAAGACGCAUAAAGUGGUUUCGGGCAUAUACUGUUGCUACAAUGCUUUUUCUCACCUGGACAUGCGCGUCGAGGUCAAGAUCCCGGGCAGUCUCGAGGCAUACUGCAUUGACGAGCACGGGGAAAAGCGCAUGGCCACGGAUGCGCUGUGGCUGGAAACUUUCCUGUGUGCUGUUUUGAGGGCCUAUCUAUACGCUGAUGAUGGCAGCGGUGAUGCCAUCAAGAAGAUUGUCGGCGUCAGAAGGUUCAACCCCGUGACAAAUACUGAAAUGGAACACAAGUUCCUGGAUGCGGCUGAGAAACUCUUCUUCUUGGGGCGUCAGCUCAGCUCGGACCCCGAAACGCAAGUUCCCAAUACUGUUAGCAAUCAUUUAACGUCUGGUAUUUUGAAGUACAUCUAUACGACAGGCCGAUACACGUCAGGAAUCAACUUGUUCGAAAAGCUUCGCACACGUGAUGUAGAAGUUUCGUCUCUUCUUGCGCGUGUGCAAAUAAUGGCAGAUGAGGAAGUCCAAGCAGUGCGGUUAAUGUACGACGCGCUGCAGGAUGUUCCAAUGGACUAUGCCCUGCUCGAUAGCCAAGCAGCUUUCUGUCAGAGCAAAGGCGAGGGCGAAAUGGCUCUCGAAUGUGCCAAGCGUGCUGUGACUGCAGCACCAAGUGAGUUCACUACUUGGGCUCGUCUCGCUGAAGUCUACGUCAGCAUGGAGCAAUGGGAUCUGGCACUCUUGACCUUGAAUUCAUGCCCGAUGUUCACAUACCAAGACAAGGAUACGCCAAGAAUGCCACAACCCUCACGAAUCAUGCUUCCCAUUCUCUCCGAAAGUAUUCUCGACGAAAUUGACGAAGGUCAGCCCAAGCAAGGCGAUCCACAUGACUAUGUGCAUCCGUCUUUGAGAAAGAUGCAUGCUGCUGGAUACCAAGGGACAUUUCUCAAGGCCUACAAUCUGCUCACCAAGAUUGCCGCUGCCAUUGGCUGGGAUCAAUUGUUGAAGACUCGCAGUGAAGUCUUCGUGAUGGAAGAAGAAUAUCGCGUGGAGCGACAACAUGUCCCCAAGCCCGCGCAAUCCCUUGAGGCUGAGAUGAAUGGAGUGCCCGUUGAAAGUACGGAUGAAAGCGGCGGCGAGGACUCGGCUUCCUCGGGACCUGGACCUGUUGAAUCUGCCUACGAAGCGGCGACCAACGGCACCCAGGAUGAAACGCCGAUCGAGAGGCCGGAGCAGAGUAUGGCUUCUGAAGUUGUCAAGUCUGGAAAUGAAGAUGCUGAUCCUUCACACACCUCAUAUGCUCAAUUCUCGAAUAAGCGUCUCUGUGAGCGGUGGUUGGAUAAUUUGUUCAUGGUCCUCUACGAAGAUCUUCGGAUCUACACUAUCUGGCGGACAGAGAUGGCUCAAUUCCGCCAACAAUCCAUGGAAUAUAAGAAGUCAGCAACCGAGUGGGAAAUUCUGGGUGAACUUGCAGAGCGUCUGCACCACUUUGAUGAGAGUAUCGAGGCGUAUCAAAGCUGUCUGGCCAUCAGGUUCUCGCCCAAGGCAAUGCGCGGACUUCUCAAGCUCUAUGAGAAACAAAAUGACACACGGGGAAUGCUCGGUGCUUUGAUCCGUCUCAUUGCCUGGCAGUAUCGGUGGUAUUCCGAGUUUUCGCCGGAGCUAUUGUACCUGGUUCGGAAGCUGAUCGAAGAUGAGGGUGCCGUGAAAGUUCGGAGCAUUGUGCAGGCCACCAAUUUGCCUCAGCCAGUGCUUGACCUCACACAUCAAUACUGUCAGCUAUGCGCGACCUUCCGCAGCAGUGGCAGUGAUGCAUAG